CGUCGCGCUCGCACUCGGCCGAGUGGCGCGGGGGGUUUGUUGACAUCCGAGCUUGCGGAGCCGGCGCUCGGGGUGCAAGCUCGGCUCGGGGCGCGGCCGACUCCGCACGAGGCGCGCCCGCCUCCAGCAGUGCCUUACGGACCGCGCGCGGGACCGCACGCGCCCGACGUCGGCGGAACACAUCAUGUGUGCCUCGCGAGUGUGACCCCGCUCUUCAUGGCUGCUUGACACCAGACCUCGGAGACAGCUGACCGCUAACAGCACGCCGCGAUGGCCUGCACCAGGGGCCUGUGCAUGCAGGACAAAAUCUUCAUCUUCAUAAACAUCGCCUUCGCUAUGUUCAGCGGCGCGCUCCUGGCCACGGCGGCGCGCCUGGCCUGGGACCCCAGCACGUACGCGUGGUUCCGGUUCCUCUGCGAGACGCAGUACCGCGUGACCCUGGGCUACGUGCUCGCCGCGGGGCUGUGGCUGGCCGCGCUGGUCUACCUGGCCGCCGCCGCCACCGCCUACAGAGCCAAGAAGCCGGAUAGGAAUUGUCUCAAAUUGUACGCUGUGGGCGUAGUAGUGUUGGCGAUAAGCGAGGUGGUGUACGGGGCGUGGAUGGCGGCGUCCCUCAAGGAGUGGUGGGAGACCGACCCACACGCUGAGCUGGCGAGGAAGAGCAUGAGGCUCAUGGAAGACGUAAAACCGGCGCUGUUGGCAGUGAAGAACUACCGGGAUGUGGUGGAACCGGUGCUGGAUAUGUUGGAGGAGGUGGAGCGCAAGGCUCCCAACAACGUGUUCGUCAUCGUCGUCUUCGCUAUGCUGGGGCUCGUGUUGCAGAUAGCAGCAUUCGUGAUGGCGUGCCGCCUCUCGCGGCGGGCGCCGCCCCGGGCCGAGCCGCGCGCGGGCCCCGAGCGGCGCCUGGAGAAGGGCGCGCCGAGCCCGCUGCCCGGCGACGACAGCGACGACAGCCGCGCCGACAUGCCCCCCGGCUGGCGGAAGAAGGCCAACCUCAGCAUGUACACUAUACUUGACAGAAUUUUCUAGCAGGACGAAGAGGCCGCCGCGGUCUCGCCGCUCCGCGCAGGCAUGCCGCCGCCGUCCGCGCCUCCGGCGCCGCGCCCCCGCACACGGCGGCGCGGCCGCGGGGCCUCCACGGCGCGGCGGCGCGGCGACGGCGUCGCUCGGGACGCGCGCUGGGACGCCGUGCAUGCGCAGCUCCGGGCCGCGCACCAAACUCGCGCUCAGCCCUCCGCACCGGCGCUACUCAUUUUACAUGCCGACCUAUGAACUAAGAAUAAGUGAUCAAACAGUCAUAUAAUAUCGCCAAUAUAAUGUACAUGGCUUGUUGAACACUAGUCAAAUUAUCAAACGAAACGAUCAUAGAAUUUAUCGAUAAGUAAUCCGACUUUUCGUACAAAAUAACAACAGAUAAUUUUAUGGGAAAUUUGAAUUUUUGCUUUAUAUUUCUUUGAAAACUUGAUCUACUUGCUCAUAAAAUUUGGCGGGUGUUUAAAAAGUCAUAAACAACUGCACUAAAAAGAUAAAGAUGGUGUGGCGAUAAGUGUGAUUUGAGAUAAUUAUAGUGAAAAAGAAAAGUUUUAUCGACAGCACCGUGUCACCAGAUAAGGACGCUCCUGAGAUUGAAUGACAGAGAUUAAAACGAAUUAUUUGUUCCUCAAAGUAUUGUAAGAUUUUCACAUUCCUUUUGAAUAUGUACAAAGUGCGCUCAAUAGGUGAGGGUCGUUGUCGAAGGAUUGUGGAGACCGCGCUUCCCAAAGGUAGCCCUUGCCUGCUCCACAAUACUGCCAAACUGCAUAGAUUACAUACAGAUUAAAUAUAGUUCAAUCAUUUUAUAGAAUUAAGGAUUUAAUUUUCUGAGAUUUAUGCACAAUUUGACGAAUACGAUUGUUUUAUAAUGUAGAAUUUGUGCGUAGUCUCGUUGUUAACAUUAUCUAUGGUAAGUAGGAAUUCUAUAAACCUAUAGGUACAAAUAAGCUAUGUUCCGUAGAAAACGAAGACAGACUGCCAUAUUUUAUUAGUGAAUAGAUAAAUUGUAUCAAAUUUUAGUCAUAAGUUUAUUAGUGAUACUGUAAGUAAAACUCAUAUCACUUUGUUUUCGCGUCGCAUGCGGCGUUCUCGGAGAGACGUGUGGUGCUAUACUACUUGUUGAACUUUCAAUCCUAGUUCCGGUCAAAAGUCAGCUGUGAAACGGCCAUUUUAUAUCGCCGUCUUCUAUUAACUGUAUCAGUAAGACAAGGACUGCAAUAUGAAAUGUCCGUUUGACAUACGACUUCCGUUCGGGCUGAAUAAAUUUAGACGUAAGUAGGUUCCAUGUGUUCGAUUCGACCGAAUGACUCCACUUUGCUGUGAUUUGCUUUAAAAGUAACGCUAACUAGGUAGUGUGUGGGUCCCGGUCCGCCAUAUUGCUGUGACCGCGGUGCGCGGCGUGUUUGUUUGUUCCCUUCCGGAUACGGUUGUUUUGUAUUUGGUGCCAAAUAGAAUUAAGUACGACGUAAAAAAUAGUGCGGGCAACACGGUCUACCGAUCUAAGAAGCAUCUACUUUUCCCCAUAGUGGUAUUUAUAACGAUAUUUCAAGUGAUAGCCGUACUUGGCAACCAUCGUCUAUUUUUGUGGGUAAAUCAGAAUGUCUAGCCUCGAAACUCCAGCUAUCUGUACCUCAUGGAACUCUAGAACACCAACUCGAGACUACAGAAUUACAACUUGAAGGCUUGUCUUGAUAUAUAAAAGAUGAGCCUUCAAGUUGGCAACUAUCGUCAUGUGUAGCCCACUGGCGAGGGUAUAUGCUAUAAUAUACAUCACUGGUAUGAUUCACGCUGAAUUCCGAAAUACAACAACCUCUUAUUCUAAGAGGCUGUAAAUUUACUGAACACCUUAGCGGUAGCCGUGCGUGCGCGCACCCUACUAGACAAUAAGUCCGACACGAGCCGUGCGGACCGUCGACGGCGGUAAUGUUUUCUUACGCACAGACAAUGUUUACCUAGCACGUAAGGACGAAGCAAUAAAGUGAUAUUUUUGUA